AUUUUAGGAAUAUUUUCAAUUCCUAAAACAAGUAUAAGAGAAUGGCCUGCUUCCCUACAUGAAAUCUAACUCCCUAAUACUGUAAUUUAUAUCCUUCACUUGAUAAUGGAAUCCCCCAACCCUUUCGAGAGUUGUCAUCUCUCAGAAACCAGUACUGGUAUCAAUGAAAAAGCUCAGCAAAUGUACACAGAGAUCAUCCCUUCCCUUCCUGAAGAUCAUGACUGGUCUCACCUCGAUCCUUUUCGUUUCUACCAGUAUCAAAGUUUUUGGUACCCUGGUUACUUCUUGAAAGGAGUCAUAGUAGCCCAAAAACACUUCAAAGCUCAACCUGCUGACAUUAUUGUAGCCAGCACUCCAAAAUCUGGCACCACAUGGCUUAAGGCCUUGACUUAUGCCAUUGUCACUAGAUCUCAAUAUGGUUCUCAGGAGGUGAACCCUUUACUCGUCACCUUGCCCCAUGAUUGUGUUCCAUUUUUGGAGCUAGACAUUCUCCAAAACCCAACUGAUCAUCACGAUGAUCCAAAACUUCCCCUCCGGGCUACACAUAUUCCCUACACUAGUUUACCCGCGUCCAUCACAAGUGCAGGCUGCAAAAUUGUUUACAUAUAUAGGGAUCCUAAGGAUGUAUUCGUUUCUUUCUGGUGCUUCUUAGCCGAGGGGAAGGACACGGAGAUUUCUCUUGAAGAAACGUUUGACCAGUUUUGUAAAGGAGUGUCUGGCUUUGGCCCUUAUUGGGACCAUGUUCUGGGAUACUGGAAAGCAAGUUUGGAAAUGCCUGAGAGGGUACUAUUCUUGAAAUAUGAAGAAAUGAAGAAAGAGACCUUAUUUCAUGUCAAACAAUUGGCCCAGUUCAUGGGGUAUCCUUUCUCCUCAGAGGAAGAGAGUCAAGGUGCGGUAAAGAAAAUCAUAGACUUGUGUAGCUUCGAAAAUUUGAGUAAUUUGGAGGUGAAUAAGACUGGGAAGCACAAUGAACACACCCCGUUCGCUAUUGAAAACAAAGCAUUCUUCAGGAAAGGAAAGGUUGGGGAUUGGAAGAAUCAUCUGACUGCUGAGAUGAUACAUCGCAUUGAUCAGAUCACGGCACAAAAGUUACAUGGUACUGGAUUGACAUAUAUCGCUCAUCAGUCUUGAGUCCUUGGAGGACUAGCUUACGAGCUAGCAUAAGAAGACUCGGACUGCGCCUCAACUCCAAACACCAAGUCAGCCUUGUGUCUUGUCCCAUAAUUUAUAGGCACAUAUAUAUAUAUAUAUAUAUAUAUGUCAAUAUUUAGAUCUGUGUGUUUGUGUUCUUUAUACAUGAUUGCUUGUGUGAUUUCCUUAUCCAAUGCAGUGCAAUAGCCCAUUGCUACGUUGGUGAAUAAGAAUUCUGAGUGCAUUUUCAGUUAAUGCAUUUUGAAUUAAUGCUUGAUCAAAUAGAUUGGGAUAGCACUCUGUUUGCUCCCUUCUCUUUGUAUUUUUCUUUGUGAGAUAUCCCCUACUGUACGUGGUUGUAAGCUGCUAGGCAGCCUUAUUGUAACUACCUUUUUCCUGUCAAAAUUUGUAUACUUCAAAAUUCUUUUGUUAUUUUUUAUUUUUAUUUUAUUUAUUUAUUUAUUUAUUUUUUUCCUUUGGGAUAAUUACACUUACCUCCCCUGAAGUUUGGCAUAAUUACAGGUGGUACCCCAUACGUUUCAAAAAUUACACCGUCCUCCCUCAAGGUUAAGUCCGACGUAACAAUUUCCCCCGUCCAAUGCCGGUCAAUGCAUUUUUUGUUGGCAUAAUUCAAUUUUGAACAUAAAAUACCAUUUUUGCCCUUACUAAAAUUACAAAUAUAUUUUUAUUCUUACCUUUGAAUUCAUAAUUACCUAUAUAUCCUCACAAUCACUUUUUUUAUUUUUAUUUUUAUUUUUAUUUUUUUCCAGAAUUACAACUUUUCAUACAAUGUAUACAUUACUCCCUCUCUCUCUAUAUAUCUAUCUAUUUUCCUCUGCAAUCUAUAUAUAGACAAAUAUAUAAAUACCAUAUAUAUAUGUGUGUGUGUGUGUGU